GUUAUCACGGCCAAAUCGGAUAAAAAGAAAGUAAGGGCUGAAAUGGUGAACGAAAUAAAGAGACCACUAUGCCUCAAGAGGGGCGAGGCAAUUCGAUCACAUUCACUAUAUUACCAAGAUCAUGGCGAAGAAACGAGGCCGCCCUGUUUCAGCUGAUACUACGAACGAAGAUGUUCUACGGAGACGAGAGCGAACUGCGGAGCGGACACGUGCCUAUCGUGAACGAAUCGCCCAGCAAUCAGAAGUAGCUGGGGCAAUUGUGCCGGGGGAUGAUGUUGUGGUUCGAAGAGAAGCCGCUGCAAGGCGACGAGGUCGGCCUCCAAUGACUGUUACAGAUGAAGCCACUCUACGAAAACGAGAGAAGACGGCGGAGAGGGUCCGGCGGCUUCGAGAGAAGCGUGUGGCAGCUUUGGCGGCAGCUGCCGCCCGGUCACCAACACAUGAGCAAUUGGUGCAGGCUGAGGCCGUCACCGAGCAGUCCUUUGGAGAGCAGGAGUCGGCGCCGACGUUGACAGGAGUCGGCUUGCGUGUUCAGGACAUGGUGCUCGCUCAAGAUUCGAAUGAUGCCCAGCUGCAGUGGGACGCGACGCCCGUAGAAGAGCAUGAGGCGCUGUACGGGUUAGAAGGUCUGACCAUCACAGACGACCAGCCUGAGGCUAGGGGCGGCCACACUGGCAUAACUAGAUUCUUUCCGACUAUUCCUUCGAGCAACCCAUUUUUUAGGACAAGACGCGAUGUUGCGGAAGGGCCGACGAGCGACUUACUACAAGAGGAGGAAGCACACGAGGAAUGGCAUGAGCUGCAUAUGGAUGAGAUGGAUGACGGUGUCAGUACACGAGCGUUUGGGUCGGCUGUUCGGAAUAGUCAGGCCGAGGCGUCGGAUGAAAGCUCAACGUACGACUUUGUCUCUGAGGUGUCGGAAGGAGACAGCAGUGGCGAAAGCGAGGCCGAGAUCUCGGCUCAUGAAUACACCGUACAGAAGUUGUACGAAGAGUUGCAGGGUGGCUUCCAUGGAUGUUCAGCCGAACAGCAUGAAGAGGGGCACAGGCAGCAUAUGCAAGAGGCUGGAGACAACCACCAUGGGCUGGAUGAGAUUUUCAACGAUCAGACCUUCCCUUCGGUGAUCAAGUUGCCAGACUUUAUGUCGGCGCAGAGGCUGGCACGACAUCGCCAGCCUACUGCGGCACAAUGGCGUGCUAUGUACUGCGGCGUACCUGUGGAUCAGACGCACCCGCAGCCAUACCCAUAUAACGUUUGCCUGCACAAGGAAGAGAGUCGAGAGAUGGAGGCCCAAGUUGCCUCCGACAUUGACAGCUUCAUGGGGUUUUUCCGCUCCCUUGCCGGGGCGCGGCAGGGGAUUUGGUACCAGCCAGCGCCACAGAUGAGGCAAAACAUGACGAAUGAUGUGCACCUCGAGACACAUAUGUUUGGGGACGGCGUUGGUGACGGAGAGGUGCCACGCCCUCGGCUCGCGAUGCUGAGGGAUGUGCCUCAUUUCUUACUGGGGCGUGUUGAGAGUGCACACGACAUCACUGUGCAUAUAUUGUUUCCACACCUGCCAGCGAGGCAGGAUGGCACAUUCAGGUCGCUUACAAAUGACCAGCUGUCGCGGUGGAUGGACCAAGUCUUUCACCCGGCCGUAUACAAAUAUCUGGGGGCACAUUACACGCAGCAUCUUCCGGCCAGCCACCGACAUGCGCUGGCCAAUUCUCGGGCGUACCAGGUCGAGGGGAGACUCAUCGACACGGAGAGUUAUCAUGCGCAACGUGCCAUUGGAUAUCAUCUCCAACCAGAAUACGUGGAUGAUAUCUGGACGGAUAUUCUGGAUACUAUUGCGAGCAAGCCAGGGCUGGCAGAUUUUAGGGAGCCGCAGCUCUAUUUCUCGGCCAAGGGGACGAAGCUGCAGUUCAAGACAAGUCCGUCCAGACCUACGCUGUUAGGCGCGAUGAAGAAUUUUCAGAGCUACUUGGAGCGAGUGCUUGACAUGGACUACGUAUACCAGGAUCGAUUGUAUGUAGAUAUUGGAAAAGAGAUCUGCCCGCGGACUGGGCUGCUUGCUUACCAGAGAAUGAACAUGGACGAGGAGGCACAGGUGUACCAAUGGAAACGGUGCUGUUUGGAGUCGUAUAUGGAAUGGAUGUAUGACGGGCAAGCGCCCGGCAUCGGGCAGGGACAGCGUUACUUCCAUCAGAACAUGCUGUACGAGGCAAGCAGUCUCACGAGCGUGACGCCGAAGAGGUCAAAGCUGAGGGAAGGUGGGUUGAUAUACAGCCAGUUUUACGGGUCGAGCAAAGAGAUUGGCGAUGCGACGAAGAAAUUUCCGUUCGAAAAUGACGGGCUGGAGGAGAUGGCGCUGGACCGGCAGAUACGAAAGGGCGCGAAGCAGGCGAUGGGCGGUAGACGGAGAGAGGCGAAGGUGAUUGAGCGGGCAUACUGCGCGAGCAAACGACGGACGCAGGUGGCACUGACGGACUCGAUGAACAAGUCAUUUGGGAUUCGAGAGGAGCAUAGGGUCAAGUGGUCUUUAUUUCUCGGUCUCAUGGCACGACUAGAGUUAGAGCAAGGCGAAGAGAUGGAGGAUUUGCUGGUAGAUUGCCCGGAGUAUGCUUGGUGCAUACGGACGCGGGUAUACCUGGACUACCUUUGGCGGAGGGCAGACAAGUUCGCAACGGGCUUUGAGAUUGUGCUCGCGCGGAGUAACCGCGAGCUGGUGACUUGGGAGCAGACGAAAAUGAUGGCGAUGUUCCUGCGGUGCCUACGGUUCGUGUUCGGAGGACAUAUGCUGGAGAGGGAGUCUGCGCUGUGGUGGAGCCGAAGUGAGCGCGAGGCGACGGAGGGACGGGAGCGGCGGGUGUGGUAUGGGCUGGGUUUCCGCAACACGUUGAAGCGGUACGGGUAUUGCUGGCUGGAGCCACGGUUCGACUGGAAGAAGUUGCAGUUCCUGGAAGAGGUGACGGAUCAAGUGCUGUUUGGGAACAGCACACUGCGGGGGCAGUACCUCAGAAGGGGAGGUCAGGCGCGCGAGUUCUUUGGGGCGGCACGGCAGCUGGAGCUGGCGAUGGACUGGAUAGACAAGCACGAAGCGGACCGGACGAUACGGGAACGACUGUUGGGAUGGAUGGCGCACAUCUGCCUGCGACAAUUCCGGCAGGACGUCAUGGAGACGAUCAAAGGAGAGAUACGAGAGGAGCGGCUGGAGGAAGCAUUGGCGGGUGGGCAGGGAUUCUGUCGAGAGUAUCUAGAGGAGAUGCUGACGGACGGGGUGCACCUCGUGUCUGGCAACCGGAGCGAUCUGAAGGGCGAAGGGGAUCUCCGAAGGUUCCUGUUCGAUUUUGACGAUGGACGAGCGCGGACACAUUGGGAGGAUGGACCGUACCGCAAGCUGUACCGGCGGGGGCUAACGGGGUUGGGGAUGAAGAACAACGGCAAGCGGUUAGGGGAGCGGUUUUCAGAGCACGUGUGGCGGAAACUAUAUGCGUAUCACUGGGUGCUGCCAUAUCCGAGCUCGGAAGUGUUCACGCAGACAACAAAGGAAGGGGAGAGGAUGUGGUACUCGGUGAUCACGGAUGCAAGGGAAGGGACGAAGCUGGAGACGUUAGAACCGAAAGCAUGGAGGUGGGGACGCAAGAAAAGCAGGUCGGGGGUGCCGGAUGAGAUUCCGAAGUGGGUGGAAUGGGAGAAGGAGGAGUGGGUGGAAUGGGAGAAGGAGGAGUGGGUGGAAUGGGAGAAGGAGGAGUGGGUAUCAUGGAUAGAAGGGCAAAAGGAAGAGCAGGAAAGGCAGAAAAGGGUUAGAUCGUCUAUGGUGAUGAUGAGGUUCGGGUAGGCUGGAUGGACGGUAGAAGAAGUGGGUGGUUGGAAGGAUGAUCUAAAGAAAGAAAGAAGGGAGAGGGUUGGAAGGUGCUAAAUAUAGAAAAGGGUAGAGAGAGAGUAUAAAAGACUAAAGAGGGACAGCAUUCAGGCGCAUACUGCGGGUGGUGUAGUCAGAAGCAAGCCUAAACUGGAAUGAUAGCAGUUGAUGAUG